AUGGAUAACACUCUGCCCGCAAUCCGAAUCCUCCCCGCAGGAGUGGAGGAUGUCUCAGCCCUCGCCCUGGUUGAAUCUGAUGCCUAUUCCCGUGACCCCGUGACGUUAUGCUUGAUGGGAGAGCAAACGUCCGAAGGAAUUGAGCACCGAGCCAAAGAGUUUGCGGAGGGUAUAGCGAAGAAAGACCCAAAGACACAAUAUAUCAAGGCUGUGCUGGGUGAAGACACGGUUAUCGGCCUGGGCAUAUGGCACUUAUACCUCGACGAGGAAUCGAGUAAAUCGCGGGUUGUCGAUUUGGACCAGAAGGAGUGGGGUCCUGGCGCAAAUGCGGAUGCGUGCAGGGAGUUCUUCGGAAGGAUUUUCAAAAUGCGGGAAAGGAUGUGUGGACAGAGGCAUGUUGUACUCGGUUGUCUCGCGACCAAGAUUGCCCACCAAGGUCUUGGUGCUGGCUCUGCAAUGUUACAAUAUGGCGUUGACAUUGCGGAUAAAGAGAAUAUCCCUGGGUGGCUGGAGGCAAGUCUGGAGGGCCAUAAUUUGUAUAAGAAGUUUGGGUUUCAAAGAUGCUGA